AUGUCGAAUCUACUCAUGUUUGGCGCCACCGGCGCAAUCGGUCAGUUCAUCAUUGAUGCCAUUGUCGCCGCAAAGGACUCCUUCGGCCGCAUCGCCGUGUUUACUAGCCCCAACACCGUCGCAACCAAGUCCGAGCAGAUCGAGGCUUUGAAGAAAGCUGGCGUGGAAAUUAUCACCGGCGAUAUUGCCAACCCGGACGAUGUGAAGGCCGCUUUUGCUGGUAUCGAUACGGUCGUUUCCGCUCUCGGCCGUGGUGCCAUCGCCGCCCAGAUUCCGCUCAUCCAGCUGGCCGCAGAGAGUCCCCAGGUCAAGCGCUUUAUCCCCUCCGAGUAUGGCACCGAUAUCGAAUACAGCCCCGCGUCGCAGCACGAGAAGCCCCAUCAGCAAAAGCUGAAGGUGCGGGCCGCGCUGCGCGAGGUCCAAGACAAGCUUGAGUACGCGUAUGUGGUGACCGGUCCGUAUGGCGACUUUCCCUUCUACAUCGGCCGCUCGCCGGACCCCAAAGUCGGUACCUUCCAUGUGGCUGCGAAACGUGCGGUGUUGCUGGGCGAUGGGAACGGACGCAUUAGUUUGAGUAGUCGGCCUGAUGUUGGGAAAUUCGUCGUGCAUACCCUCACCCACUGGGAUGUGUCGCGCAACCGUGCUCUGAAGCUGAACUCGUUCACGACGAGUCCGCGGGAGAUCCUGGCGGAGUUCGAAAAGCAAACUAACAGCUCUUGGUCGGUGGAGUACACUCCUCUGGACGAGCUGCGUCAUCUCGAGGAGGAGGCUUGGGAGAAAGGGAAUCCUCUGGCUACGUUGUACACCUUGCGGCGCAUCUGGACCGAGGGAGGAACGCUGUAUGAGCGUCGGGAUAAUGAGGAUAUCGGGGCGGUGGAUACUGACAGUCUGGAGGAUUUGGUUCGGGGGUCGAUUCAGGCUCAGUUAGCUUAA